AUACCGUUCACGCAUCACACCGAGUGAGAUUUGCAAAUUUAAAAACUCUUCAAAUUGAAAGCUAAAGCCUAGAAAGUUGUUAGUUUUAGCUGGCAUUCGUUACGUAUUGACAGAUCGUCGAGAUGGGAUGUAACAAAUCGAGGGUCCGGGUGGGACCGGCAGACUUGGUCCCGGGGAUGGGCCGAAAGAACGCCUCACGACUGCAGAACAUGUGGAGGCGCUUUGGUGGUGCCAACAAGGUUGGACCAGCCAAACGUGAGAGUUUGGAGCAACCGGAAAGUGUCCUGUACACUGAAAACAAACCCGACUACGGAGCUCCGAACCAGGGACUUAUUAAGACGGCUUGGGGAGAAGUGAACCAAACCCAGGCCAAGAUUCUUUUGGAGCUGCAAACCUUGGGCAUUGUCAGCUUCAACACCACCGCCUCCGGCGCUAUUUCUUUCUCCGUGGGCAGCGAGCAGACCACCGGGACAGGCGCAGCUCUGCCCCCGCGCCGUCCCCCAGCUCGUCUCGCUCGUCUGGAUCGCGUGCCAUCCUUGCCGGACUCGCAGAAAGCUGAGGAGCUAGAGAACAAGAUGAAAGCUGCCGAAGCUAGAAGAAAGAAAAAGCAGGAUGCUCUGAAAGAGCGUCUGCGUGCCCACUCCCGCCUGGGGCAGCACCACUACGCGGUGGCAGCAGAGGCUGAGCGUGCCUUGAAGCAAAAGACCGCCGUCAAAAUCGCCGUGAAGCAGGUCGCCUUCCAGGAACGAGUGGGUCGACUGAACGAGGCUCGCACUGAGCGAGUGCGGGCCAAAUCACGGGCCGGGGAACACGCCCGAGAGUUUGCCAAGGAAGCCGAUGAAUUGGUCCGGUUCGAAGCCGCCGAAAUGCUCGCCAAGAAACAGGAAAGGUUUGAGAAUCAAUUGCAGCAGAAGGAGGCUGAGAGAAUGGAUCGCAUCAGGGCCAAGUCUCGCCUGGCUGAACACGCCAAAGAGGUUGCCGAGAAAACAGCCAAAGAUUCCCAGGAGAAAGCUGCCGAGGCGGCAACCAAGAAACAGGAGACGGCCAAAGCAAACAACGAACGUCGCGAGCGUUUCCGUACUCAAAGGGUGCUUCUGAACGCGAAGCACCGAGAAAACAUCCGCAGGGCUCUGGCUCGCCGCCUGGCCGAAGAAGAAGAGAACGAGUACGAUAUGGAUUAUGAGAUUGAGACUGCCCAGGACAGUGAGAACGAGGUUGAUGACUUCUUCGAUGCCUGCGAGCCUGAACUCCAGUGGCUCAUGUAAAGAAGCCAAAAGUAAAAACAAAAACAAAAAUCAAAAUUAAAAAAUCAAAACAAAAA